AUGGUUGAACAUGAAUUCCUUGGCAAUGACAGUGAUCAACUGGAACAACCCGAUUCUAUCGUUGAAGUUGCACGGAGCGCCGUGCCACUAAAUCUAACCUACGCUCAAGUCCUCCUGGAAGUCGAGCUCGCAGACGAUCCAGCGUAUCUGAACCAAUUUGGUUCAUCCCUCCUGGCGCGCUUCGAGGACGGCCCAAAGGACGCAGCCGUUGAAGACCUCAAUGAUGCUAUCGCGGCACUACGCCGGGCAAGCGAUCUCACGCCCGACGACCACACAGAUAAACCGAGAUUCCUUGCUAGCCUCUCGUCCGCUCUUAAAGCUCGAUUCGACCGACUCAAAGCCACCAGCGAUGGACAAGAUGCCAUCAUCGCCCUUCGACGAGCCGACGAACUUGCGCCCGAUGAUGAGGUGGAGAGACCCAACUGGUUGAACAAGCUUGGAAUGAUCUUGUAUACCACUUACAAGGAAAGCAAGAACCUCGACGACCUCGAAGCAUCUAUCUCCGCGUUUCGUCGUGCCUGUGACCUCACUCCUGACAAUGCCCAACGCGCUAGCGACAAGGCCGAUCACCUGCUUAAUCUUGGAUCCACGCGCUAUGAGUUAUUUGCGAGCACGAAGGACCUCAAGGACCUGGAUGACGCUCUCGAAUCCCUUCGUCUUUGUAAUGCGCUUACGCCUGUGGAUCACGAGAGCAAACCGUUUCGACUGCUACUACUGUCGCAGAUCCUCAGCCUUCGCUUCCACCAUCGAAAUGAUACCAAGGACCGUGACGAGGCUAUUUCAAUGCAGCGCCAAGCGGUUGAAUGUUCUCCAGACGACUACGCAGACAAAGGGCAGGGGCUAACUGAGCUCGGCGGCAUGAUCUUCCGGCGCUUCGAAGUCAACAACGACCUCAACGAUCUAAAUGAUUCAAUUGCCGUGCUUGAGCAAGGGAACAACCUCCUCGCGGACGGGCAUAUGACCAAACCCGUGUAUUUAACCCUCCUACUGGUCGCUUUCAAACGCAGAUACGAGCUUCUCUCGGACCCAAAAGAUCUCGAUGGUGCGGUCUCGGCGGGACGACGUGCAAUUACUCUCGAUCUCUCGGGCCAAUCGCAGCACUUACUUGCAGAAAUUCUGCAUACAAGAUUCGUGCGUACCGGUGCGAUAGAGGAUCUUCAGGAGGCCAUCACCCUGUCUUCUCGAGCCACUGAAGUAUCCUGUGACGGGGACGCUUCCCGAGCAGCCCAAUUGACCUGUCUCGGCCUUUCCCUUCGUCUGCGCUUCAUCCACCUCGGGGACCCCAAUGACCUCGAACUUGCCAUCAUGAUUCUACGCCAAGUUUGUGAACUCAACCCCAAAAGCCAGAUUAUUCAGACCAACCUUGGAGGCCUCUUGCAGGAACGAUAUGAACGCUUCGGGAAUGUGAAGGAUCUAGAAGAUGCUAUCGCAGUCCUUCGCCGUGCCAACGAACUCGUAUCGGACGAUCCUGUCGACAAGACCACCUGCCUGAAUAAUCUAGGUCUGUCUCUUUGGGCCCGGUUCAGAAUCCUCAAGGAAGCCACCAAGGACCUCGAUGAGGCGGCUGACUUACUUCGUCAGGCAGAAGCACGCAUCCCACGCAAUAGCCCAGAAAAGCCCCUAUGUCUCCACAACCUCGCGUGCAUCUACGAAAGCCGCUUCGGUGCUAGCGGAGACAUCAAGGACAUUGAAGAAGCCAUAACGUUGCUUGAACAAGCUGGCAAGCUCGCUACGGGCGACCAUACUUUCGAAGCUUCUCGUCUAGGGGAGCUAGCCACAGCAUUACAUAGUCGCUACCGGCAUCUCAACGACAUUAACGACCUUUCUUCUGCAAUUGCUUCAAUGAAUGCUGCUGUUCAGCUCACCCCCAACGGACGCCCAGAUUUAGCCAACCGUUUGCAUAAUCUUGCGGCCUUCCUCUUGGCCCGUUUUGAGCGCCUUGCUGAUGAGAAAGAUUUGAAAGAUGCAGCGUCACUGUUUUCCCGUGCAGCUGCACUCACACCGGUCGACCACCCUAAUAAGAAGGCACGCAUAGAACGGGCAAACGCGUCCGCCAGAUUGUUGCAUUCAAAGCAACAUGCGACUAAACACAAGGAACACAACACUGCUGGCACUAGUAAAGCGAAGCGGAAAGUUGAAGACAAAUGCCUCAUCAUGUAG